AUGACAUUUAAACACGAGGCUUCUGGAAUAGCUGCUUCUGUCUUUCUGGCAUGUUACACAUUUUAUACAAUUACGGCUUUGUAUAUAUACGUCAGGCAGGGUUGGAAGCACAUUUAUACAUUCCUACUGAUGUUUGGUAUUAUUAGGCUUGCAUCUCAACUCUGCGCUGUCGUGUUUGCGGCAGUGGGUCUUGCACAUUGGCAAUGGCUCGUUGCUUACCUGGUGUUGGGAGCUGAAGGCUAUUUUACUUUAAUCUAUACCUCAAUGAGGUUCAUUUGCGAUGCUCAAAAGAAAGCGUAUGGGAUCUCUUGGGUGAUGAGUACUGCACCUAAAUUCAAGAGCACAAAAAUUCAAAAAUUUUGUUCCUCAUACUUGAAAAUAUUCCAUCUUGUUUUGAUUCCUGCCAAUGUCUUAAUCAUAGCUGGAGGCAGUCUUUUAAGCGGAGUUGAUUCAGCAGAGUACAGCCAGUUGCAUCAUAAAGUCACAAUAGCAAGAAUACUUAGGACAAUAGGACAGAGCAUCUUCUUAGCAUUGACACCGGCAAUGAUUUUGCUAAAUCUAUUUGCGUAUUAUAAGGAAAGAAUCAGGAAUCAUUUCACCAUUUCUAUAUUUUUGGCAUCGCCAUUUCUGCUUGUCAGAGGUAUCUUUGGAAUCUUAUCUAUAUAUGUCAAAGAUAUGAACCGUAUCCAAUUAUCAAACUAUAUCAAUGACGGUGUCACAAGCAAGUAUGUCAUAUACGAAUAUGUUUUGGGCACAACUAUGGAAUUUGUAGCAGGCACCAUCCUAAUUUCAAACUAUUUCUUGGCUCAAAGGAAAAACAAGAUCUUAAGAGAAGCCACAAUUGAAUCAACAGCUUCAAAGGAGCUCACCAUAAGCACUCCCUGA